AUAGUGCCAUCAGGCCCUGAGCGUCGAGUAGUCAACUCAACACCUGUAACAGCUAAUUCAAAACAUAACGACGCCAACUCUCCUUUCCCAUGGAGUAUUUUUGACAAUGCACCGUGUAGUCUCGUAUCAGGUCCAGGUCCCAGUUGUUGAAAGAUCUGAAUACGAGUAAUCUGGUUUUGGAAAUUAAAUGUUUUGCUGUUCAGGAACAGGGAGGUUACAGGUGUAGCUGGGGUUUGGCAGCUAUGACCAUGGUGCUGUGUUGGGGUGGUCUGUUGGUGUUGGUGGCCCUGUCCCGGGCCCUGGGCUCUCUGCAGCUUUCAGAGGAUGCUGCUGUGCCAGAUGAAUGGGUCCUGCUCCAUGUCGUGCAAGGCCACAUUGGGGCAGGAAACUACAGCUACCUGCGUCUCAACCACGAAGGACGUAUUAUCCUGUACAUGCAGAGCCUUAAGGGAGACGCAGAUCUCUACGUCUCUGACAAGACGCUGAGGCCAAACUUUGAUACCUACAAGCUUCAGUCUACCACCUGUGGCCAGGACGUGGUGGUCGUCCCAGGGGAUUUUGUUAGGCCUGUUGGGAUUGGGAUCUACGGACAUCCAUCCUACAUGGAGAGUGAGUUUGAGAUGAGGGUGUUUUACGACCAGACGGCACUCACAGAAGAGGAAGUGGAGAAAAACUCGUAUUCCUCAGAUGAGACUCCUGGACAGUCUCAACACUCUCAGGGCCCCGCGGACGGGACGGAAGAAGAGGAAUCAAUCCUGUGGACUAUACUGAUUGGGAUUCUUAAGAUCAUACUUGAAAUUUUGUUUUGAUUUUGAUGUCCAAGCUGCCAACAUAACACAUUUGCCACAGUUAUAAUUUUUUUUCUUAUUUAGAUCAAAUCGGAAGGUUUUUUUUUCUUCCAGUUUUGGCAAAGAGCCAGAAAUGCUUUGCCUGGGGUUUUGUUAAAAUCUUGAGUUGCACCAUCAACACUCUAUAGAGAAUAUGUAAAUAUCUUCUGACGUUUUAAUACGCAAAUUCUGAAUUUGUUUGUCAAAUUAGAUGGCAUAUCAACACGAUUGAAAUGUCAAACACGAAUUCUCUUAUAUUUUAUUGAUGGAGUUAAAAACAAUCUGUUGUGUGGUGCAUUUGUCUGUCUUUUACUGACCUGGGGAUGUGAAUUUGAAGUUUUAAACUGCACUAUGCAAUCACACAAAUCACCUUGUUACGAAGGUCAUACUGUUGUGCCUAUUGUGAAGACAAGAGUCUGUUGACUAAUAAGCCGUAAAGACUUUUAUGCACCUGUAGUUGUAAGAUACAAAUAAAACGACUUAUUUUUGAAA